AUGGCCAGCACGGACUACAUGGUGGACGGGUCGAUAGGGGGUUACAACCUAAGGGAUGACGUCAUAAUCCAAAGUAUUACCCCAACAGACAUAUCAAUGUCCCUAAGGAUGACACUGACGGACUAUGACAAGAGCUCAGACAAGCUGCUCAUUUUCACGCACGGUCCAAAAACUGAUGAACAGGAUAAGUUGAAUAUUGAAGAAAUAAUCAGAAAAAGUGAGGUUUUCAGUGAGAUCUCGAGGGAUAUGAUGAGUGGGGCGAUUGAAUACUGCCUAACCGUGGAAUCAAUUAUUCAUUCCUCCCUUCAAGACAUGUUCCCCGUAAGUUUUGACGUCUUCGGUGGUUUGAACAAGAUAGCCAACAACCGCUCCAUUAGUGGUGAGUCAGAAACUAGGAAGGGCGUAUGCUUCAGUGUGUUGGAGCUGAAGAAGAACAACCAAGUUGAGCUCAUCAUCAAGUUGAAACUGGACCCGCACCAUGUCUCAGAUUACAUGUUCAGCCAUGAAGAAAUCAUAUCGACCGAAAACGCGCACUGCAGCAUAAAGAACGGCUUCAGCAGACGCUACUUCAACUUCAGCUGCAACAUCUCCUACCACUACCCCACAACUCUCCACGAGGGGAACUUCGAGUUGGUGGGGGUGCAUGACAAAAAGAUGAAUGGUCUCACCAAAAUCAGCAGCAUCCAACAGAGGGAUGGAAUGGAUGCGAUUAAAACUUUUGUGAGUAUUUCCGGUGGUCAAAUGGUUGAGUGCCUGGUCGAUUUUUAUCCCUAUCCGGAUGAGUUCGAGUGGGACGUGUCGCCCGGAAACUCAUCCUAUUACAUCAUUCACGUAUACUCAACCAGUGGCAGAUCUAGGGGGUGCCAGGGCAUAACCACUUUCCCCGUUUUGAGCCGAAUUUUUAGCCCCCUCCUAUUACAUUUUCAAAAUUUUCGCCUUAUCGCUGCUUUUAAAAAACUCGAGAAGGGUCAAGAGUUCAAGAGUUCAAAUGUUUCUUGGUUCUUGGAAACGCAAAACACAAUAACGAUGAAUUCGUGUGGCGCGUUCACGGUCACGUGCAGACCCCAGACCGCCACUGCGAAAAUCCACCCCUGGAGGGGGGUCAUAAGGGUCUACCAAAAGGUUGUAGACGUACAAAUGCAGCACUCCGUCGUGAAAAUCCGCGAAGAGUUCGUCUGCCUGUACAAGUCUUUCCCGCCACCAAUCCUAUACCGGUGGAUCGUCAAGGGGGCGGAUGUGGAUAGGAAUGAGUGGAGCAAGGUGGAUUCCCUCCUGCUGAACAGGGCCGGGCAUUUCAAUCUCACUGUCAUCGUGUACAAUCAGAUCGAUGGGAGGACUUACAAUAGUAGCUGGAGUGGGCCCGUGGAGGUCUACUCCGCUGAUAUCAAUAUCACCAUUUUUCCAACGGAAGUGAAGGAGAAGGAGUUGGUCACGUGCUCAUGCAUCUCCUACUCCCCGAUCACCAAAACCAAAAUCAUGAUUGACAACAAAAGGAUAACUUCAGAUCCUAGCCGCUACGAACUGGAGAGUAACUCUUCAAGUAUUGUAAGAUUCAAGAAAGAAGGUACGUAUAAUUUAACGUGCGAGUGUUCCAACUACCAGGGCAGGAACCUGGUGAAGUUGACCGAGGUCAUCAGGGUCACUCCUCAAGGAAAGAUGGAUCGGCAGCAGCAGAGUGAGUACCUGACGAUCGUCAUCUCAGUUCUCGUCUUCGUCCUGGUUGCCAUGCUCAUCUCACUCCUCAUAUUCAUCUACUACAACAGGCUAAAGAAAAACGCCCAACUGAAGUACAUACAUAACCUGGCGAAACAUUUCACUGGGAAAGUCAAGAAAAUUGAUUACCGUUCCACGAGUGCCGAGCCCACAUACUCUUAUGACAGUGUUGACGACGACCAAUACAACUCUGACGGCAGUGCCGGGCGUAACGCCCAUGAAGUUGCUUCUGCAGAUUCUGAGGAAAGAACAAAAGAUGAUGAAGAUGACGAGGAUGAUGAUUAUAAUGAUGUUUCUAAGCAAGCAAAGACAUUUAAUAAAGUUGUAACUAGUUUAGAUCAAGGAGAGGCCUAUUUACCAAUAUGCAGCACUUUCUUAUGGGUUGAAGCAGGGAUAUGCAAAGAAUCUCAAUUUUUUCAACUUUUAAUUAUUUUCGGUAAUGUCGAUUUUAUUUUUUAA